AUGCUAUUAGUGCGCAAAUCGGUUGCGACAGCAGAAAAUAGUGUUGUGGUGGUCUGGGUUAAGCCUAAAGAAAUUGAUACAGAGCUCCUCAAGCGAAAGCUUUCCCAAGCGCUACCACCCCAUACUGUCCCCCAAAAACGACGACUCUUGGCGCUGGACAAGACACAUGACAUAUCCUGCUUCGACAACUUUGCCGCGCUAGGAGGGCAUUCUUUACUACAGUUAGCGCUCGUGGCGCGACUAAAGAAGAUUUUUCACAUUCCCAUCACCCUGAACGAUGUCACCCGAGCAUCCUCACUCCGAGGUCUGGCCAACUAUAUCCAAACAUAUGAUAGCGCGCAGUCAAACACUAUCUCGGGGGAUUUAUUGGGAGAUCAGAGCAGGUCCCUCGGCCUGGAUGACCCUUCACCUACCGAGCUUGAAUGGAUCUACCGCUACCAAAACUCCGAGGAGAGGUCGUCAUUCAAUAUGCCUUAUGUCGCGAAGCUUUCGAGCAAGAUUGAUCAACAGCUGCUCAAAUUGGCCCUGGAGAAAGUUUUGAACCGACAUCGAAUUCUACGGUCUAGGUUCACGACUCAAGAAGGGAAAACAAAACGCUCCCUCUCACCAAAUGCCAUCAUUGUGCCUCUCAUAGAUGAUGUCGAUAUAACAGCCUUUAUCUAG